CCUCCCCUUUCCAGCGAACUCCAGGCUCCGCUGGAAAGCCUGGAAUUGGCCUUCUGCUCCCUCCUUCCCGCCGACUUCGCCUUCCUCUCCCAGAGCUUCCACGCUCCGGCCCUCAAGCGCCUGGACCUGAGCGGCCACGACUUCUCCCAGAGCCUCCUGGAGCCCCUGCGGCAGCUCCUGGACGAGGCCUCGGCCUCCCUGCUCCACCUGGACCUCAUGGAAUGCCGCCUCACCGACUCCCACCUGGACUCCCUGCUGGCCUCGCUCCGCCGCUGCCUCCGCCUCCGCUUCCUCGGACUCUUCGGGAAUUCCCUGAGCACGGCCGGGCUGCGGGAGCUGCUCCGCAGAACCGCGGCCUUCCCGGAGCUGCGGCUCGUGGUCUACCCGGUGCCCGUGGACUGCUACAAGCCCGGGCUCCACCAGCGCCGCUCCGGCUCCCGCUGGGUGCUGGAGGAGCGCCUGGACCGGGAACGCUUGGGAGCGGCGGGCGCGGAGCUGGCCCGGAUGCUGGAGAGCUCCGGGAGGGCCGACGUCGUCUGGACCUGCAACCCCUACGGACACGGGGCCCUGGAUUAUUUCUCCUUGUAGCUGCUCCCUCCUUC